AUGAACGUCAGCUCGCUGGCAUAUCAGAACCUCUUCUACGGCGGCUAUACGUACACUACAAUAAAUUCGUACUAUGUGGUGGAUAACGUCGUAUCGGAUCAGUGUCUGGAAGAGCGUCCCGGUACGGAUUGCGUCACUUUGUUGCUCCAGCAGCUGGAUAGUCAGGGCCAGGGGCAGCAGAGGAGCAGUACGCAGCAGCAACAGCAGGAGAAGGCCACUGGUGGUGGUGGCAGUAGCCAUGAGCAAAUGGGGGCUGAGCUGGGCCGUAUGGCCCAGGAGCUGCGGGCGAGUGUACGGGAUGUGGCCAUCAGGCUGGAGGCGGUCAUCGGUUCGGGGUCCUUCGGCACCGUGUAUAAAGGCACCUGGCAGGGGCUCUCCGUGGCGGUGAAGACGCUGGUGUUCUCCGCCUCCGACGACAACAGGCGGAGGUCGUUGCAGGAGGCGGCGCUGUGUGCCAGCAUCAGCCACCCUAACGUGGUGUGUACGGUAAACAGUUCACAAGAUAAGUGUUCGCGACUCAACGAUACCGUUCACAUCCCUCGCUCCUAUCCCUGCUCUAAAACUCCAAUCUGCCCUGACCUAAACCCGAAUAACGUGUUGCUCAAGCGGGACGUGAACGAGCCGUCCGGGUACAUCGUCAAGGUUGGGGACUUCGGCCUGAGUGUAAUGCUGCCUCAAAAUCGAACCCACCUGAGCAACUUGCGCAUGGGCACCAUGUUUUACAUGUGCCCUGCAGUAGUCAUGAAGGGCCAAGUCGGGCCGCCAUCAGACGGUCCCCGGUAUAGCAGCAUCUUCCCCGCCUUCCCACCCUCGUGCCCGGAGACCUACCGGGCAGUGGCGCUUCACUGCCUGCAACGUCAGCCCCAAAACAGGCCGCCAGCGAUCCUUGUGGAGGCGCACCUGGAGCGCCUCAUGCCCGCCGUCGCGACGGCAGUGCCGGUGGCGACGCCGCCGUCAUCACCGUUGAUGUUGCCACCGCCGCCGCCGCCGCCGCAUCCGCCGCAGCGCAUGCCGGCGGCUCUCAUCAGUCCGGUCUUGCAACAGCUGGGCUCUCUAGCGACAGGAGCAGCAGGGGACUCCUUCACGGGGUCGAGUAUGCUGCCGUCGACGCAAGGUCACGGAGCCGGGGCCAGCAGCCCCCGCUAUAGCAGCAUCUUCCCCGCCUUCCCACCCUCGUGCCCGGAGACCUACCGGGCAGUGGCGCUUCAUUGCUUGCAACGUCAGCCCCAAAACAGGCCGCCAGCGAUCCUUGUGGAGGCGCACCUGGAGCGCCUCAUGGCCGCCGUCGCGACGGCAGUGCCGGUGGCGACGCCGCCGUCAUCACCGUUGAUGUUGCCACCGCCGCCGCCGCCGCCGCCACCGCAUCCGGCGCAGCGCAUGCCGGCGGCUCUCAUCAGUCCGGUCUUGCAACAGCUGGGCUCUCUAGCGACAGGAGCAGCAGGGGACUCCUUCACGGGGUCGAGUAUGCUGCCGUCGACGCAAGGUCACGGAGCCGGGGCCAGCAGUGCGUAA